AUGAUCCUCGCCGCUCUCAGGCCCCUCCUUAAACCCAAUGGCCUCUCAAUCUCAUUCCGCACCCUAGCAACGACAACAACACCGCCGAAACCAAAACAGAACAAGAAACUCCCACUCGCCGGUCUGAAAGUGCUAGAUCUCAGUCGUGUUCUUGCAGGCCCGUACUGUACCCAGAUUCUCGGCGACCUAGGAGCAGACAUUAUCAAGAUCGAACACCCCGUCCGCGGCGAUGACACACGUGCCUGGGGCCCUCCCUACGCACCAUACCUCGACGGCCGCGAGGGACAGGGCGAGAGCGCCUAUUACCUUUCUGUAAACCGCAACAAACGCUCCCUAGCCCUCUCGUUCGCCGACCCGCGCGGACAACGCAUCCUCCAAAAACUAGCCACGCAAUCCGACAUCCUAGUCGAAAACUACCUCCCCGGAUCCCUAAAGAAAUACUCCCUCGACUACACAACCCUCUCAUCCCUAAACCCGCGACUCAUCUACACGUCGAUAACAGGCUACGGCCAAACAGGUCCGUACGCGAACCGUCCGGGCUUCGACGUAAUGGUCGAGGCCGAAUUCGGGCUUGCGCAUUUGACGGGGAGUCGCGAUGGGCCGCCGGUGAAGGUUGGUGUUGCGGUGACGGAUCUCACGACGGGGUUGUAUGCGGUUAAUUCGAUUCUUGCGGCGGUUGUUGCGAGGGCGACUACAAAUGAAGGACAGCAUCUUGAUGUGUGUUUGAGUGAUUGUCAGGUUGCGACGCUGGCGAAUAUGGGGAGUUCUGUGCUCAUCAGUGGGGAUAAGGAUAGUGGACGGUGGGGGACUGCGCAUCCCUCAGUAGUCCCCUACCAAUCCUUCCCAACGGCUAACGGGGACAUCUUCGUCGGCGGCGCCAACGACCGCCUCUUUGGCAUCCUCUGCGAGAGACUGGGAAAGAAAGAAUGGGCCUCCGACGCCCGCUUCAAGAGCAACUCCGACCGCGUCGCAAACCGCACGGUCCUCGAGGCCCUCAUCGAAGCAGAAACAAGAAGGCUUGACACGGCAGAGUGGCAGCAGCGCUUCGAGGGGAGUGGGCUGCCAUUUGCUGUUGUUAAUGAUGUUAAGGGGACGAUGGAGCAUGAACAUGUCCAGGCCCGCGGCAUGGUCCAAACAAUCGCCCAUCCAGCCUGUGGCCCGAUCAAGGUAAUUAGUCCGCCGGUGAAGUACUCGAAUGCUGAGCCGAGUGUGCGACGGCCGCCGCCAUUGCUCGGGGAGCAUACGGAUGAAAUUCUGGGUGAUAUGGGGCUUUCGGAGGGAGAAAUUCGUGCGUUAAGAGACGAGGGGGUUAUUUCGUAG